GGUGGAGGCUGUGCUGAAGAGAGGGCGACGGACUGGGUGGCGGAAGAAGCAGAGCGAUCCUGAGGGAUUUCCGAGACAGGCCGGGUUCAUCGGGCCAGAACAGUUUACAGGCCUGCACGGGAGAGGGGGCGAGGAGGGCUAGACUUGAAGGGACAGACCCCCACCCCCACCCCGCUCCGGAGGCUCAGUUUGAGUAGCCGCCCCACUGAGAACGAGGGCGAGGACGGUGUUACCAGCAGCUGCCGUGAAGGGAUUGGAGGGACGGAUUAACCACCUCAGGGGGUGCCACUUGAGGCGGAGGUGCACAGGAGAAGCUCGCUGAGGGACCAUCUGAAGCAAAAAAAUGGAGAAUGAAGAUGGCACAAGAACCAAAGUGGAGGGAGUAUCAGUGGAGAGAGAAGAAUCUCCUCAUGUCUUCCAGGCUGGGAGUAUUGAGGAAUUCCUGCAAAGGAGUCCAAGAAAUUUGAUGGAUCAGGAAGCAGGGGAGGGUUCUGUUUCCCUUGAGCAGUGGGAAGCCCAGUGGCAGGAGUUCCUCAGCACAGUGGAAAACCCUCACUUUGGAUGUGGAAUCCCACAAUUGCCAGAGAAACCUUCACCCUGGGAAGAUGCCAAGGCCUUUCUGGCUUCCUUUGAGCAAGUGGCCGAAGCCUGUUGGUGGCCCAGAGAUGACUGGGUGAUCCGACUCCUGCCGGCCCUCAGCGGAGAAGCUGCAAAGGCCUUUAACAAUCUCAGUGCCAACGACAAAGAGGAUUAUGGGAAGGUGAAGGCAGCCAUCUUGCAGGGGGACGCUCUGAGGCAGGAGAAGCAGCGGCAACAAUUCAGGCAUUUCUGCUACCUAGAGGCUGAGGGGCCCCGGAAGGCUUACAGUCAACUUUGGGAAAUGUGCCAUGGGUGGCUGAGAGUGGAUAACCAUAGCAAGGAGCAAAUCUUGGAGAUCUUGAUCCUGGAGCAGCUGCUGAGCAUCCUGCCCCCUGAGAUGCAGAGCUGGGUGAGAGAGAAUUCCCCUGAGAGCUGCUCCCAGGCAGUGGCCCUGGCCGAGGAGUUCCUCUUGAGGCAGGAGAAACAGGCAGCAGCUAGGUGUGUCUCUGAACCAGGUCAACCUCUAUCUGAGAGUAGUCGGGGACAUCCCCUGAUGGACUUCAAGGAAGAGGAGGGCGGAGAGGUCAUCCUGAUGGUAGGAGAUGAGGAGACAGCUGGGGAAUUCCAGGGGUUUUCAUUGAAAAAAGCCAAAAAUGAAAAGCCUGAAGGAAACUUAGGGGAUGGAUAUGGACCUCAGAAGCAGACCAGAAGCCAUGUAAAGAAGUUGAGAGAUAGACCCAUUCCUUGCCAAGGAGGGGGCUUCUGCAGUGUCUCACUCAAAGAAGAAAGGCCAAGUGAAGAAAGAAGCACCAAAGACCUCUGUAUUAACCAGAGAAUCCACUCCUGGGAAAAAGAAAAUAGCAAUGUGGCCAUUGGAAGGACCUUCGUUGAGAGCACAAACAUUAUCUCUCAGGAGCAAAUUCACUCAAGAGAGAAAUCACAUAAUUGUUUGGAGUGUGGGAAGAGCUUCAGUCGAAAAGUAGCCCUUACUUCACAUCGAAAAAUUCACACAGGGAAUGAUCAGCAGAAUGAAGAUGAGGAAAUGCAUGGAUUAACACUGGAAAAGACCAAGCGAGAAGAAGUGAAAGGAAACUUCCAGAAUCAAGGUGAACCAAAGUGGAAGGAAGAUAGCCAUGCAGUGGAGAAGAUGAAUGGUUCUAUUUCUUUCCAAGGGGAGGAUUUCCAUGAAGUAAUUCAUAUGUCAGAGGAAACAUAUAAAUGCUUGGAGUGCGAAAUUCAAUUAUCAAAUCAAACCGAAUAUAAUUUCCAUUUGCGAACACACAAAGAAAAGAAGACACAUCACUGCUCAGAGUGUGGGAAGAGUUUCCUACGCCAAAAAGAGCUUGUUAUUCAUUAUAGAAUCCACACAGGAGAGAAACCGUAUAACUGCUGUGGCAAGGGCUUCUCGCGUAAAGCAAACUUUAUACGUCAUCGAAGAAGGCAUCCAGAAGAGAAGCCAUAUGAAUGCUCAGAGUGCGGAAAGAAGUACAGGCAGAGUUUGUAUCUUCAACAGCAUCAAAGAAUCCACACAGGAGAGAAAGUGUUUGAAUGCUCUGAGUGUGGAAAGAGAUUUUUACAGAAAUUACACUUUCUAUAUCACCAGAAAAGUCAUGCAGAUGAGAAAUUGUUUAAAUGUUCACAGAGGGAAAAGAAAUUCAGUCAGAGUCACGAUCUUCAACAGCAUCAAAGAACCCACACAGGCAUUUAUGAAUGCUCAGAAUAUGGACAGAAAUCCAGUCAGAAUGGACAUCUUCAACAGAAUCUAAGAAUCAACCCUGGUGAGAAACCUUUUGAAUGUUUGGAGCAUGGAAAGAAAUUCAGAAAUCGUGGCAAUCUUCAAAUGCAUCUAAAAAUCCACACAGGUGAGAAACCUUUUGAAUGCUCAAUGUGUGGAAGGAAGUUUAGUCGGAAAUACCACCUUCAACGGCAUCUAAAAAUCCAUUUGAAGACGAACUUAUCAGCAGAGUUUAAAGCGGAGUCACUCUGGUAAGAUGAGAAGGUCUUUAGUCUUCUUGCACUCAGUGCAACCUUCUACCACACUUGGAAAAGAAUAUUCUCCACGCAAUAUGUUCUUUCCUUAGGAAGAUUUUACUUUAGUUAGCAGUUGCAAGGUUACACAAGUCUAUUCUAUACAAGACUAUACAGAACUCUUCAGCAAGGACAAAGUGAACACACUCUGAACUUAACUCAGACUCUAUCUCUAUCUCAACUUCACAUUGCUUAUACAUCUAUCUCAAAGCAUUGCAUAUACAUCCAACUGGAUACUUUUCCCCCGCCCAGGCAACAGCCCCCCAUUGGUCCAGAGUCACAGUUGAACUAACCAAUCACAUUAAAGGUCAACCGCUGCUACUUCCUGCCCCUAGACUGACCGUCUCCAGCCCCUGGGGUUGGUAAACUUCUGCUGACUUAGAAGAUGACCUUUUUGUGAACUUUUACUCUUUUUUAUAUAUCAUGACAAAACUCAAUAACUACUCAGCCUGCAACACAAACUUCUCUCAUAUUUCAGACAUUAAGUAUAUCAGAUGCCGCACCGAAAUAAAACUGUAUAAAAUCCUUUGAGCAUAGAAUAAUCUUGCAUUUGCCCAGAAACCUUUUCAUAACCAUAAAACUCGCAAAAAUUCACACUGUGAAAAACCAGUAUAAAAGCCGAUAUUGUGGAAGGAGCUUUAGCCAUGAUCAAAGUGUCAAAUGGACCAUACAGGGAGAAACAGGAUAUGCUGUGAUGGGGAAAAAAGAUUUGAGAUUAGCUCUGGCUUCCUUAACUAUGAAAGAAUCCACAAAGGGACAGCCUCCAAAUGCUCCCUGUGUGGCAAGAGCUGGACCCAGAGAUCAAAGAAUUCCUGCAAGUGUAAAACUUUGCCUUAUGUUCUUGCACCAUCCACUGAGGCUCUGCUUCAAUUGCCCAGGAUGUUGAGGGCUCAGAAACCGCUUAUACAACAAAGGCUUUUUAGCAGUUGCUUGUUGUUUGUGGAACUCCUUGCCUAGGGACCUUUGCCAUGUGACCUCUUUCCAUCUGGCUAAAACGUUUAUCAUAUCCAAGGAAUGAAUAUACUGGUUGACAACACUUAGAUCUCCAUCCCCCCUACUCCUGACAGUAAGGUAGUAUGACCAGACAACAUCCCAACUAGCAAAUGGUUCUUACCUGGCAGGGAGGCCUGAGAGGGCAGAAGGAUCAAAAUGACCGUCAGGAGUGACAGCUGAAUGCUCUUUUCUCUGAGGCCAGUGUUUGAAUUGGGCGGCACUCACAAGUUCUGUUUUUACAAAGCAGCCCAUAUAGGGUGAGCAGAAAUUGGUAGAAUUCAAUGUGUCAGUCUUAUUAGUUUCCUUUCAGACUACACUAUCUUCUCAUUAUCUGAAUACUGUGUGUCCAAUAGCCUGGAGAGCCCUAUCCCCCUAGUAGAAGUUUAAUGGGGUUUUUGUAUCAGGUAAUAUUUCUUGCCAUGGCAUGAAAAGUUUCUCCUGCUCUUCACCACACAUUACUUCUCUUUUCAGGGGACAGGACAUUUUUUUCCCGGAGUUGUUGACAGCUCCAAUAAUGGUGCAUAGCACAUUUUCUUUUCUCUCAUGGGCCCUUGAAUUCCUCCUCAGAAAUUAUGCCUUCUCUGAGGUAACUGAGAAAACUCUUUUCAUCUCAUGCUUCAGCCUAUAAAGUUAUCACAUUCUUUCGUCAGUCUAAGAAAAUAUAAAACUCACUGAGUUUGAAUGAUAGAACUCAUUAACUCAUAGAAGAGAAUCUUAGUUUUUACAGAAUAACAUCAGUUGCUCAUUUACUUUGCUGAAUUUUUUGUCUGACUUUUUAAAAUCUGAAUUGGAAUUUAACUUUUAAAAAGUUUGUCUAUGGUGAACAUGCUGGGUUUGCUUAUUAUUUUAUAUUGAGGUACAGACCCCCCCUCCUCCCCUGUCCAGCAGACUCUGUCAUUUGGGGUUUUUUGCAACUGCCGCUCUUGAUAAGUGAAUUCAACUUAUUUUGCCCAAAUUCAUGAUCUAGACUAGGCUGCCAAUGGGUCUUCUGGGUUUCUUUCUGCCUGUUAACCUGUUCUGUCAGUACUUGUAGUGAUACUUUUUAAUCUCUGUUUUUCUAAUGGUUUGUUCUGUGUUUACAUUGAUAGUUUGUGGCUUUUCUGCAGUAUUUUUGGGAAGACAGGCUAUGAACUUCUCGAAUAAAGAUUUUUUUUUAAAAAAAA